AUGCGCAGAGCUCCCAACUUUGCCAGCGCCAUCCUGGGCACAUGGGUAGCCGCCAAGCUGGGACUGGCGAGUCCAGAUCUAGUUUCCACAAGUAGGCGAGACACCGGUGUGGCCAGCUCCAUUCUAUCAAGCGCCAGGGAACAAGUCAAACCAAAGGAUGCCGAGGAAUUUGUCUUCAAAGAUAUCGAUGCCUUGUUGUUGCCAGGAGAAGGAACAAUGUUGCUUGGCGCCAGUUCCAGUGGCAAAACCACCCUUAUGAGGACCAUUCAAGAUGUGAUUGGUGGGACUGCCAAGAACCGCUUGAAAGGUUCCAUUAGCAUGGGAAAGCUCCAUAUCCCAGCAGCUGAAGCUGCCACUACCGUAAAGGACAAGAAUUAUGGACGCAUGACAGCAUUUGUUGAUCAGGGUGACAUAAAUCUCACACCCAUUAUGACUGUCGAAGAAACCAUUCGCUUUGCCCGUCUCUGUGCCGAGGGCAAACAUGACUUCAUUGAUGAAUCCAUUUUGGAAUUUCUCAAACUUUUGGGAUUGGAUCAUGUCAAGGAUACCGUCGUGGGAAACUCUGAUAUUAGAGGGGUCAGCGGUGGACAGAAAAGGAGACCAUGGAUCUUCAGGGUGGGGUUUCCUAUACUUCUGGCUGCUAUUCUCGCUACUGGCUCUGAAUGGCUCGGCCGUUUCAAGAAUCUUGGCCUAUAG